AUGAAAGAUUUACCACACAUUCCACUUCUUUCUAUCUUCACUGUGGCUGCUUUUGGCUUGGCUGAGAGGCUCCCCAAAGCUCCUUUCAUCACUACUCCCCUUGAAACCCUUGAUGCUUUAGUGGAAGAUGUUGCCACCUUCAUGUGUACAGUUGAUUCAUAUCCUCAGGCGGAAAUCAUAUGGACACGUAAUAACAUUCCUAUCAGGUUGUUUGACACACGUUACAACAUUCGAGAAAACGGGCAGCUCUUGACCAUUCUCAGCGUGGAGGAAGGUGAUGAUGGUGUUUACUGUUGCUUGGCUAAAAAUGGUGUUGGAGAUCCAGCAAAAAGCUGUGGAGCUUUACAAGUGAAAAUGAAACCAAAAAUUACCCGCCCACCAACGAAUGUAAAGCUUAUAGAAGGAGUAAAAGCUGUCCUUCCUUGCAAUAGCCUGGGAAAUCCAAAGCCAUCUGUUUCAUGGAUGAAAGGAGAAAAUGCAAUUAAGGAAAAUACACGUAUCUCCAUUUUGGAUUCUGGAAGCUUGAGAAUUCAGAAAGUGCAAAGAGAAGAUGUUGGUCAAUACCGUUGUAUAGCUAAGAACAGCCUUGGAACUGCAAUUUCCAAACCUGCUCUGCUAGAAGUAGAAGUGCUUGCCAGAAUCAUUAAUGCUCCAGAAUCACAGAAUGUAACUUUUGGUUCGGAAGUGUCUCUAAGGUGUACAGCAUCCGGCAUUCCAGUCCCUUCCAUCCGAUGGUUUGAAAAUGGGAAAGCAGUUUCACCAGAAUCUGUUGAAGAAAACGUCAAAGAUGGAGUAAUUUUCUCCAAGUUGCACAUUGUAGCGACCAGACCAGGCCUCUUUACUUGUAUGGCAGAUAACAAGCAUAGUGGGAGUUUUGGCACAGCAAAAGCUGCAGCAACAAUUAGCAUAUCAGAAUGGAGGUUUUAUAAAGGUGAUGUAGGUUAUUGCAGCACCUACAGAGGGGACAUAUGUAACACAGUGCUCACAAAGGACUCCUUGGUUUUCUUCAAUUCAUCUAAUGCUGAACCAGAAGAGAGUCAGGAGAUGCUUGCUCAAAUAGCUUUAGCUGAACUGAAAACUGUAAGCCCAUUUUGUCGACCUGCCGCUGAAGCUCUACUCUGCAACUACUUUUUUCAGGAGUGCAACCGAACUGGAGAAAGUCCAUCUCCAAAACCAUUGUGCAGGGAACACUGCCUUGCAGUAAAGGAUCUUUACUGCUUUAAAGAAUGGCUGUUAAUAGAGGAAAAUUCACAGAAAGGAAUUUAUAGACCUGGAUUAAUGCUAUUAACGCUCCUUGACUGUGAAAAACUUCCCAGCCUGCAAAAGAGCCCAGGGGCUUGCAUCAAAAUUCCGUACUUUGAGUUACAUAAGGAAAAUAUUACCAAAAUAUGUUAUAAAGGCAACGGACGACAUUACCAAGGGACUGUCAACACAACAGCAUCAGAAAUCUCUUGUCAAAAAUGGAGUCAACAGAUACCUCACCUACACAGAAAGAUGCCUACUGUUUUACAAGAGUUGUCCAAUGCAGAAAAUUAUUGUAGAAACCCUGGUGGAGAACAUGAGCGUCCAUGGUGCUAUACUACAGAUCCUAAUGUUAGAUGGGAAUAUUGCAACAUUCCAGCGUGUAGGACAGUUACACCACAUUUACCAACGACAAUAAAAACAGAACAUGAGCUGCCUGUUAUGCCAUCAACAUCAUCAUCGUUCUCACCAACACACUCAAUGACGGUCAUCAUAUCAACAAUCUGCAGUUUUGCUGGCUUAACACUAUUGAUAAUUAUAGCUCUUGUAUGUUGCCGGAGACAGAAGAAAAUGAAAAGCAUAAAUAGGGAAGCUACUGCUCCAACACUUACAGCUCUUCCAUCAGAGCUUGUACUGGACAGAUUACAUCCAAACCCCAUGUAUCAAAGAAUGCCUCUUCUUCUCAACCACAAACUCAUAAGUCUUGAAUAUCCCAGGAAUAAUAUUGACUAUGUCAGGGAUAUUGGAGAAGGAGCUUUUGGGAGGGUCUUUCAAGCCAGGGCACCAGGGUUACUUCCUUAUGAACCUUUCACAAUGGUUGCAGUAAAGAUGCUGAAAGAAGAAGCUUCUGCUGAUAUGCAGGCUGACUUCCAAAGGGAGGCGGCGCUUAUGGCAGAGUUUGAUCACCCCAACAUUGUAAAGCUUCUAGGUGUGUGUGCUGUUGGAAAACCAAUGUGUCUCCUUUUUGAAUAUAUGGCCCAUGGAGACUUAAAUGAAUAUCUGCGACAUAGAUCACCACGAGCUCUAAGCAGCUUAAGCCACAGUAGCCUUGCUACCAAAGUCAGACUCUCAGACCUGAAUCCAUCACCACUGUCUUGCACUGAUCAGCUCCACAUUGCCCGCCAGGUGUCAGCGGGGAUGGCCUAUCUCUCAGAGCGGAAGUUUGUCCAUCGAGACUUAGCCACCAGGAAUUGUUUGGUGGGUGAGAACAUGGUGGUUAAAAUAGCUGAUUUUGGUCUUUCUAGAAACAUAUACUCUGCAGAUUACUACAAAGCAAAUGAAAAUGAUGCCAUCCCAAUCCGUUGGAUGCCUCCAGAGUCAAUAUUUUACAAUCGUUAUACAACAGAGUCUGACGUUUGGGCUUAUGGUGUUGUCUUGUGGGAAAUUUUCUCAUACGGCAUGCAACCUUACUAUGGCAUGGCUCAUGAAGAAGUCAUCUAUUAUGUUAGAGAUGGUAACAUUUUGUCAUGUCCUGAAAACUGUCCACUAGAAUUAUACAACCUUAUGCGUCUGUGCUGGAGCAAGAUGCCUACUGAUCGUCCAAGUUUUGCAUGUAUUCAUCGCAUUCUGGAACGCAUGUAUGACCGAGCUGUCUCUGCUCAAGUUUGAGGGAUAUAUUAUUCAGUGUGACAUAGCAACUUGAUAAGUCCCUUGAAAACAGAUCUAGCUUUUCUUCUGAUCAUGGUUUGUGUUGCAUGGAAGCAUGGAAUGGAGAAAAACACACCCAUGGACAGGCAAAAGGACCUACAGCACCAGCAUUGAAGCGAACAUGGUCCUUAAAGCUUUGCUUAGUGGAGAGAAAAAAUGAGAGCAAAGAAGCGUUUCACUUUGAACGUUGGAACAUUUUUAUUUAAAUGAAUUAAUACAAUUCAGUGAAAACAUGUCAAAUAGGUCCAAAAUAAUAAGAGCAAAAUCUAGUGUACAUUUGUAAUUGUAUUUCACUACUGAAGUUUUAUAGGAACAGAAAUAAGUUGCUUGGCGGGCAAAUACAUCUUCUAAAAUGCAUCAUUCAUUCCUAGUAUUGCAAAAUCAAGGGUCUUGUGAAUCAGAACUUAUAUAACUAGUAGCAUUGUAUGAUUUUUUUUUAAAUACAUGGUUGCUUUUCUUCUGCAAAUGGUGACAGUGUCUAAAUGCAUGUAAAUGCAAGGUACAUAUUAAAGAGCAUCUGUCAGUAAGAUCAAAUUUUUUUAUUAUCUUUUUUUAACAAAAUACAUCAUAGAAAAUUACACACAAAACAAGAAAUAUUUUCCAUCUUAUAUCUACGAACCACUCCCAACCCAUCCUACCCCUGAGAGGGAGAGAGGGGGAAA